CAUACACACACACACACAGUAAAUGGAAAAUCAGGAAGAGUCAAAUCAAAUCCGUUGACUCCAUCAGUCGCUCUCCAUUACACCUGACAGACAGACAGACAGCAGACAGACAGACGGCAGUGAGCUGAUGGUGUUCGACUCGUUGAGCUGCAGAUCAUCAUCAGGAUAAAUUUCUGCCAAACUGCAUCUGGAGCUGCCAAUCAAAUCUGCCACCAAAGAUGCCCACUUCCAGCCAACAAAUGUCCAUGGAGUUCCUAGUCAGGGUCGAGAGGUCAAACGGGUCGCGUCCUGCAGGCUGUGGAUCAGCUCUGGAUCAGCUGUACUGGGAGCUGUGCGACAUUUGGGGCAUUGUGGUGCAGGCGGCAGCGGCGUUGGGCUUUGUGAGCUGCGUUGCACUGGCAACGGUUCUGCUUCUGUGGAUGGCGUGCACGUCCCGUCGGUGCGGGCGACCAGUCGGCACAGUGGCGCUGCUGCUGUUCUUGCUGGGCACAGCCGGCAUGUUUGCUCUUCCUUUCUCGUUUGUCAUCUCGCUGUCACCGCAAACGUGCCCUGUGCGGGUGUUUCUGUUCGGGGUGUUGUUCUGCAUAGUGUUCAGUGCGCUGCUUGCUCGUGGUCUCGCCCUAAUGGAUGUGGGGCUUGUGCGAGGUUGGAGAGAGGCAGGUGUGGCCGUGACACUCACGCUGGUACAGGUGAUUAUUUCGGUGGAGUGGCUGCUGGUUGUGUUGAUCCGGGAUGAGAGAACAUGCGAGUUUUCACAAGCAGAGUUUGCCAUGCUGCAGAUUUACGUGAUGGUGUUAUUAGCUGCUGCGCUGGCGACGGCGCUGCGCUUCCUCUGCGAUGCAUACAUCACCUACAGCUACAGCUACACAGGCCGACAGACGCAUCGACACACCAAACUGCAGGCGGCACUGCUUGUCCUGACGCUGCUGCUGAGCGUGUGCAUUUGGAUCGUGUGGAUUACACUGCUCAUAUACGGGAACCACGCAAUGGGCCACAGCCCUGACUGGGACGACCCCGUGAUUAGCAUCGCACUGACUGCUAAUGGCUGGGUGCUGCUGCUGGGGCAUGGUUUCACUCAGGUCCACUUUAUGUGCCAAUGUGAGGCACGUACGAAAGAUCCGCCGUUGCACUUCACAGGGUGGACAAGCCCCGGAAAAACACCAGCAGCGGUCACAGAAGAAACAAAAACAGGGAGAGACAACGGCGGCUUCCAGAUGGAUACAGAUGAGAGGAGAGGUAAAGACAUGGAGUCCCCUGGAAUCAUCAUGACAGAGAUCAGCACUGAGAAAGAUUACAGCAUCCCACGACCAACAACCACCAACAUCAACAAACCAUAUGACGAAUACUACAUACACAGAGUUUGACACGUUAAUUUCUGCUCUAUAACUUAAAUCAUGUAACCCUAAUGUACAGUUUCAUCAUCAUCCUUUAGUGCCCACAAGUGUGUCUUGCAUUUUAUGACUCCAAAAUAAAAGCUGUGGAAAUGUUUUCUUCAAGCAUAUUUCCAGGUUAAGUCAUGUUUAUUUGUAAAGUUCUUUUCACAAAAUUGUUUCACUGAAAAACUUAAUUCGAAAUUAUGCUUCAAAACAUAUUUAUUGAGCCCCAGUGAGAAAGCCAAAGGUGACUUUAGCAAUGAACACAAACUUCAGAAGAUGUUAAUUAAUGGAGAAAAAUAACCUCGGGGGAAACCAGGCUCACCGGGGGAGCCAGUUCAGUAAUGCGUUCAAUGCCAGCGGACCGUGAAAAUACGGUCUAUACAGUCACCUGCUGCUAUAGGGCGCACUGCCACUGGCACAUUGCAUGACAUAUCCUGCCA